UUAAAAUGUGCGCAAAUGCAACACUGUUAUAUAGCAGCGAACUGUUACGAAUAAGAACACAAAGCGUGUUGCUCGAACACAGCAGACUCGGCGCGAUUCUCCUCUCCUCGUCGCCCCCUCUUCUAUAAAACUAAGAAUUGCCGCAACAAAAAUUGCCUGUGUGAAGGGGGUCUUACUUUAGCUUGCUGUGAGAGCAACUUGCCAUUUUUGACAUUUUCCUCUCCCAAAGAGCAAGCAGCUGCCAGCAAUGUUUGAAGUCGAUCCCAUAUCUGCUGAUCACAAAGAUGUAAUUCAUGAUGUCGCGUUUGAUUAUUACGGUCGGCGAAUGGGUACUUGUUCAAGUGACCAAACAGUGAAGAUAUGGGAUGAGGAUGAAUCGGGCAAAUUGACAGUUUCCAGUAGUUGGAAGGCGCAUUCUGGUUCUAUUUGGCGUAUAUCAUGGGCGCAUCCAGAAUUUGGACAAGUUUUAGCCACUUGCUCUUUUGACCGCACAGCUUCAGUAUGGGAGGAAGUUGCUGGUGAAAAAGUAGCAGCCACUAUGACACCAGCACGGCGUUGGGUACGACGAACAACACUAGUAGACUCACGCACAAGUGUAACUGAUGUAGAAUUCGCUCCCAAAUAUUUGGGACUUUUAUUAGCUACAGUGUCAGCGGAUGGAAUCAUUCGAAUUUACGAAGCUCCAGAUAUAAUGAACCUUUCACAAUGGCCAGUCCAGCACGAAAUAACAUGCAAAUUGCCUUUAAGUUGUAUAUCCUGGAACACUUCUACUUAUAAACUUGCAUCACAUAUUUUAGCCGCUGGCAGUGAUGAUACAGCAACAAAUACUGGAAAAGUAUUUAUAUUUGCUUACAACGAAAGCGCAAGAAAGUGUGCUGAAGUAGAGACUAUAAGUGAAAUAAAUGAAACAGUAACUGAUUUGGCUUUUGCUCCUGCGGCCGGCCGGCGGUUUCAUAUUUUGGCAGUAGCUAGUAAGGAUCUAUACAUUGUGAACAUACGUGGACAAAAUGAUUCUAGUUCGAAUAUGAAACUUGACAUCCAAACAACAAAGUUUAGUGAUCAUAACUGUCCCGUUUGGAGGGUGUGUUGGAAUAUGCUGGGAACAAUGUUGAUUUCCACUGCCGAUGAUGGAUGUGUUCGGAUUUGGCGAAUGAAUUAUACGAGAACUUGGAAAUGUGCUGUUGUUUUAAAAGCCGAAGGCAGUUUAUCGUCGUACGAACCAAAUCUUAACUCCCCACCUUUUACUACCGCAGCAGCUGCUACUGCGAAAUACUACAAAAAGGGAACAAUUAGUAAUCCAAGCCAGGUUCCUUGGCAUUAACAUAAACAUGUAAAGGAUCUUUUUAUAUAUAAAUUUAAAUAUAUAAAUUAAUUUUUUUAAAUUUAUAUUAAAUAACACAAUAUUGAAUAAACAUAAAUAAGAAAUGUG